AUGGCCGAUAAUACCGAUAUCCCAUACUCACCUCCGCAAUACAUCGUCAGCCGUUCCGUGCUCGACCGCGAGCAGCUGAUCUCCGAAUUUGAAUCUUUCAAACAGUCGCUUCACUAUAUUUCACGGGCGCCGGAGGUCGUUUUCGAGCGGCUAAUUGGAAAUAUCAACGAGGCGAUUCUCUUGCGACUUAACAAACAACGUGCAGCCCAGCUCGCGGAACGCCAGGUACUGGAAAAAAACAAUGAAACACUUAAGGAAAUGGCGGGAAAUCUCGAGAGCAUGACCUUGCGAGAAAAGGACCGAUUUGCGACUCAGCUCGCGGAGCUUCAGGAACUUGUGAUAAACAAUGCCGCACUCAAGAAAAAGGUGGAAAGCCUCGAGAAAGUUGAGAAGGUUAAUGCGGAGCUCGAGGUAAAGUUGAAAGGUCUCGAGGCGGAGGUGCAAGCUUUGAAGGCGCAGCUUGGCGGUAUCUCUGACACGCCAAAAGCCAUUGAUGCCCAGUCCGGGACCACCGCGGCUCAACGCAAAAAUAUUCCCAGGCAGCCCAAACGCCUUGCACCCACCAGUGGGACACCUCUGCAUUUCUACUUCAGCCCCUCUGGCAGAUCAACCAUCAUCAGUAGACCUCCAUCGGGUUUAGCCUAUAACCUUACUUCUCUCUACCAAAAUGGGGGGACUUGGCUGGACCUUGCAUAUCCAGAGAUGGACUUUAAAUGUUUAUCCGGAAACUGGAUGACCCCUGAUCAGGAAACUCUCCCGUCUCUCAUCACAGAAACUAUACAACUCACUCCACCGCUCGCUGCUGACGUUGUUGUUACGGUGCUGGUCUGGCUUACGGGGCUUGAUAUGUCAAAUGCUGAGCCUUGGAGGAUAAGAGUAUAUGCAACAUGCAUCACACCGAGCAGCUUUCAGUUGAACAUCGAGGUACUUCGUACAUCAGUACUGUAUUCGGCAGGAGUCUCUUGGAUUGCAUUCAAUGAGGGUGCUAAAAGCGGUAAGCUACCGGCAUCGGGCGAGGAAGGGUGGAAAAAGAGAACUAGCUAUUCAGAUCUGCAAGUAUCGUGUUAUCUCAAUGGUAAUCCGAAAACAGCAAUAUUAUUCAAUGCGCUAGAGGUUAGGAAGGCGGAAAACCUUGAAUUGAGGGCAACAAUCCCUUCGGAAAACUACUAUGGAUUUUCGUGGGAAAUGACUGGGGAUGACGAUAACCUGAUCACAUGUGCCGCUAAUUACUUACGGCUUGGAUAG